AUGGCUGAAUCCAUCGAAACUAGGCUCUUCAUCAACAAUGAGUUCCGGAAUGCUCGCUCUGGAGAGUCGUUUACCGUUAAACGAUCCUACGACGACUCCAUCAUCGCAGAGAAUGUUCAGAUUGCUGGCGAGCAAGAUGUCAACGACGCCGUCGACGCAGCUCAUGCUGCAUUCAAGCACUGGCGCAGGACGCCGGCCCCCGAGCGUGCAAAGUGCAUGCUCAAACUCGCCGACUUGAUCGAGGAGAAUCUGGAGUGGCUUGCUGAACUUGAGACAGCUGCAAUGGGCGCCCCGAUCUCAGCUACCAAGUGGAUUGCAUCCACAAUGCCAACGUGGUGGCGUUACUACGCUGGCUGGACCGACAAGCUCGGCGGCGAAUCUCUUGAAGACCUCGAUGGCUCGUACAGAAUGGUUCGAUAUGAGCCAUUGGGCGUAUGUGCGGGCAUCGCCUCCUGGAAUGCCACCCUCUUCUACCUCUCCUGGAAGAUUGCUCCAGCCGUAGCAGCCGGCAAUACCUUCAUCUUCAAAAGCUCAGAGAAAUCACCUCUCGGUGCCCUUCGUUUCGCCGACCUAGUCCGCCGCGCAGGCUUCCCACCUGGCGUCAUCAACCUCCUCACUGGCUUUGGCCAAACCGGCGGCCUCCUCGCUUCCCACCAAAAGAUUCGCAAAAUCAGCUUCACGGGAUCUACCAUGACAGGCCGCAAGAUCCAAGUCGCGGCCGCAAACAGCAACCUCAAGCGCGUGACGCUCGAACUCGGCGGGAAAUCCGCCGCCAUCGUCUUCGAUGACGCAGACAUCGACGAGGCCCUCACGCACAUGUCCCAGACCUUCCUGCUCAACUGCGGCCAAGUCUGCGCCGCGACUUCGCGCCUCCUCGUCCAGGACACCAUUGCAGAAUCCUUCGUCGCAGAGCUCAAGACACGGUUCCAGGGCUUCGCAAACGCCCUCGGCGAUCCCAGUGACCCAAACACCUUCUUGGGCCCCAUCGCAGACCGCAUGCAACGCGAGCGCGUAACCUCCUUCAUCGACGCCGCCCGCACCGAGAACCUCAACAUCCUGGCAGGUGGCCAGUCCCAAGGACCCCAGAACCAAUUCAUCCAGCCAACCAUCAUCCUCGACCCGCCAUCCUCGAGCACGCUAUACCGCGACGAGAUCUUCGGGCCCGUGCUAGUCAUCAAGACGUUCAAGUCUGAAGUCGAGGCCAUUGAUAUGGCGAAUGAUUCCGCCUACGGGCUUGGGGCCGCGCUGUUCACCAAGGAUGUGGCGCGGGCGCUGAGGUUGUCGUCGGACCUCGAGUGCGGGUUUGUGGGCAUCAAUAUGCCAAUUACGCCCUCAGCAUAUACGCCUUUUGGAGGGGCCAAGGAGAGUGGAUAUGGUAGGGAGGGCGGAAGGAUGGGAUUGAUGGCCUAUUUGGAGCCAAAGACUGUGGCCAUUGCUAUGAAGCCAAGAUUGUAG